CGCUGACCCGCACACUUAACAGCACAAGAUCUACACUGCAGUGCGUCACCGAGUCGGAGUGAGUUAUCCUGCUUUUACUGUCCACCCGAGGACUUUAAGCGUCAUCCCGGGUUACAUGAUGGCCGACGUGGACCAGAGUCCGUUUUCUCUGGUGAGUCUGGAGGACGAGCUGACCUGCAGCAUCUGUCUGAGCACCUUUGACUGUCCGGUGACCAUCCCCUGCGGACACAACUUCUGCCAGGACUGUCUCCUGGCCACCUGGAAGGACUCGUACAGCUGUCCUCAGUGUCGGACCCACUUCUCCACCAAACCGGCGAAGAAAAACACGGUCCUCAGCACCGUGGUGGAGACCUUCAACAUGAGGACGAGCAGGGGCGAGGCCGGCAGGGGGGCACAGGAGACCAAAGACCAGAGACAGCAGGAUGUCAUUCGCUGUGACACCUGUAUGGAAGCUGAAGCGUCCCAGACCUGCCUCACCUGCAUGGCCUCUUUCUGUGACGAGCACCUGCGACCUCACCGGGAAAACCCCACAUUUCGUCUCCACCAGCUGAGUGCACCUGUGGGCGACCUGUCGGAGCGGAUGUGCCACCACCACAAGCUGAUGGAGCUGUUCUGCAGCCAACAUGGCCGACCCAUCUGCAGCCUCUGCCUCCAGCAGCUCCACAAAGGCUGCUCCUUCAUGUCUCCUGAGGAGCAGAGGAACCAGAAAGAGUCCAACCUGAGAAGCAAGUUGGACAUGCUGGAUGGGAAGAUUACAAAGAAUGAGGAUGUUUUAUCUCAACUGAGUAACACGCAGAACAAACUGAAGGACUCAGCGACCAACAAGAAGGCAGCUUUGACAGCGGAGUAUCAGCACAUGCGCGACAUGUUAGCCCAAGAGGAGCGUGCUGCUCUGAAUACAGUGGACCAUGAGCUGGAGAGUGGUCAGGCCAGACUCAAGAGUCUUGCCAAGAAGCUCACUGAGAACGUUGAUAAUAUGAACAAAGCUAAAGAAGACAUCCACACUCUUCUGAGUCAGACUCAUACUCUGGCCUUCCUACAGUCUUUAUUUGAGCUGCCAUCAAACAUGAACUAUGACCCUUACUGCCCUCGACUCACCCUGGACUCCAAGAAGGUGACAGCAACACAGAGCUUUGCUGCGGCCCUGAAGGAGUAUCUAACGGAGAUCCUCAAACAGCCUGUCGAGGCCAGACUACCCAUGCUUAAACCAGAACUUACAACUGAUAUUGUUGAUCAUAAAGCAGCUUCUGGCUCCGCACCUGCAAGUUCUGGAAGUACUGGAUCCCAGCCAGAAUCUGUAAACAAGCCUCCAAAGCAGAAAAAGCCUCCAAGGUCUCACAGUCCAGGUCGUCCACCCGUCCCACCAUUAUUCCAGCCAGCUCAUGGUUUUAUGAGGCCACCUGCAGGCUACCACGGCCCCCUGCCACCUGCAGGCUACCACGGCCCCCCGCCACCUGCAGGCUACCAGGGACCCCAGUAUCCACCAGGACCUCGAUUUAUGGCAGGACGAAACCCUAGGGCUUUUGGGGGAUUUACACCUUUCAGCCCUGAAACGUAUCAGACAUCUGAGCAACAAUGGACAGGUCCAGGUCCUCAACCCAAAGCAGGCCCAAAGAAGACACCUCAAAAACAAAAACCUGCUCAAGCCACAGAAGACAAAAUGAACAAAGCCCAUUCAAUGGAAAACCUCCUGGACAUAGGUGGGAAAAACAAACCUAAAAAGAAAAAGCAGCAAACCCAACCUCCUGAAACUGACUCCAACGAGAAACCAGAAACAGAAGACAUUCCCCCAAGCAUAACAUCUGCUGAAAAAAGAACUGAACUUCUGAAAUACGGUACAGUGCUCACUAUGGAUCCAAAGACGGCCCACAAACGCAUCAUACUGAGUGAGGGCUUCACGAAGGCAUCUGUGUCCGAUGAGCACACGGACUACCCCGACUGCCCUGAACGCUUUGCUGUCUGCUCCCAGGUGCUCGCCACCAAGGGCUUCUCUAGAGGCCGCCACUACUGGGAGGUCCGACUGAGCAGCAACAAUUUCAUUGGUGUAGGCUUGGCCUACAGCAGCAUCGACCGCAAAGGUCCCACCAGUCGACUGGGCCGCAACGGCCAGUCCUGGUGUGUCGAGUGGUUUAACGUCAAGCUGUCAGCUUGGCACAACAGUAGUGAGACCAUGCUGGUCAAUCCCAAUCCAAAGCGCAUAGGUGUGCUGUUGGAUUGUGAGGAGGGCACCGCUACGUUCUAUAACGUGGCAGACAGGGCAUAUCCCUUCCACACCUUUGUGUUCCCCUUCGCUGAAGCUGUGUAUCCAGCUUUCUGGAUCUUCUCAAGCGGCUCGUCCGUCACUUUGUGCAAGCUGCAGGCUUGAGGAGCGUAUGCACGAGGCAUAUGCACACACACAGUCAGCACUUUGUUCUAAUCACUGUCAUUAAUGAUGGAAGAGAAUACUUUGCUUGUUAAACAUAUAAAGCCAAUCUUUAUUUUUCACUUCAAGAGGCUGACCAGUUAGCCAUUCUGCUAACAGUUUUGAUAAGGGACUGUUCUUUAUUUCCGAGAAUAGGGGUGGGCGGGGUGUGACUUAAUUUUUCCAAUAUCAUGACCCUCCCCUGAGCUACUAAUAUUUUUCCCUGAGCUUCCCUAAAUGACUGGGGGAAAGUGCAUGACCCUCUCUCCACCAUAAACAAUCAUAUUUCACAGUUUGUGGCUGUGAUAAAUGGUGUGAUUUUGGAGAUUUUACAAAGAAAGCUUGCCUUUCAAACCAGGUCCCCAAGGAGGCUUAAAAGAGAAGUCACGGUUUCAAAUGACGUCACAGCAUUGGUGUAUAACACAGUGCAGCCUGGUGCGCACUUACUGAGAGGCUCAAUAGCUGGUGCACUGUCACAGAACAAAAAAGACUGAUAAACAGCAGUAAAUACUUUCUCUGUGAAAACACUCCAUUUUGUAUUGGUCACCAUCAAUUUGUGUCUGCCCUAAAAGUUUAGACAGGUGAGCGCACCUAAGGAAGCUAAAAUAAGUGCACCUAAAGAACACCUGAGCUGGUCCCACCCUCUUUUGCCCAGCCUUGCAGUCUCCCAGGAAGUGUGCUAGACAAUGAAGCCAAUUUUCUAGUGGCCAAACUAUUACAGUCACAUGAUGCCUUGUGGCCCCAAAAAGACUUUUCCCAUUUACUUACGUCGGCAAAGAGAUGUCUGUAAAUGAGUGGAUGCAUUUGUUUGAGUGUCGUGAAAUGACUUUUCACUAUCAGAAUUUGAUCGAUUUGGUGCGAUAACAUUUUGAAAGUUUAGAGAGCAGCAACAUUAUAUCAUUUUUAUCCUUAUUCAAGUUAGCAGAGCGCUAAACCAGUAUUCAGUCAUUUGACCCACUCAGCAGCUUUAUCCAAGUCUCUUUAUACAUCACUGUUUCAAACUCACUUGCGUGUUUGGGGUUCUAAAAGUUUUCAAAAUAAAUACAAAACAAGACCUUUUGAAGAUGAAUCAAAACUCUAUCUUCUGCCUCCUGUUUUUCACACACCCCUUCUCUCAUAAAUAAUGAACAGUUCCUAAGUGUUGCCUGUACUGUUGCAACUGAAAGGCCUUUUGUGCAGUUGUAACAGGUCAGGUCAAACAAUGAUUACCCCUGCCAUUGACACUUACAGUGUUUCUGCCCAGUCUGGGAUAACCUGUCUGCAGACAGCUUGAAAGCAUCACGUCUGAGAUGGAUGUGAAGAGUUAACGGCUAAGUCCUUAGCUGUUUGUCGUUAGCUAUGCUAGUUGUUAUUUACAGCUGCAGAAUUUGUGGUUAUGCAACCAAAAAAUGAAAUAGAAGAGAAAGAGAGAAAUCACAAGAGAAACAAUAAUUUCUUGUGUUUUUAAGUCCACGGCCUGCAUGCCAAGUGAUUAGGAUGAAGAUAUAGGUCUCAAUCACUUUAUAAGCACUUAAAACAAGCUAAAUGUGUGUUUUGAAUGCAAUAUUAUCUUGUAUGCAGAAGAAAAACACAUAAUGCUGUUUGAUGGCAAAAGAUGAGCAGAAUUAAUGAUCUGCCAUGCUGCCUGUUCUUUGUUUUUUUUUCCCAUUAAACUUAAUUGAAACAGAUAUAAAUACAGCAAGUCACAAUUUAAAGGUCACUUGGGCUGUCAGUCCAAUUCAGCCAGCUGUCUGAUGGGAUGAAGCUGCGAAUAGUGGUCACAGGCUUUUUUUUGUGUUGGUUUCAAUUUUCAGAGAAUUGGUCUCCCUCCUUCACUAGGAGUACAGCACACAGAUGACGCUGUGUACACUCAGUGUGCAGCCUGUGUGUGCAGGUGUGUCUCCUGUAUUGUGACUGGACAAAGGAGUGAAGGAAUGAUGUCACUCUCCAGUCAGUGAAGUGUUUUCAUAUGCAGUCUGCAUGUGAAAAUGAAUAUUUGUUUUGGGGUGUGGAUCAUAAGGUUAUAGGGCUGGGCAGCGUGGCAAACAUUUUUAUCAAGAUAUUGAUUUCAUAUCAUCAGAAUAUGACUCAUUUCUUACUCAACUUACAGACCUAUCCAACUUUCGACAACAAAACAACAGCAUGUGGUUGGUUGAGCUAACUCAACUAACCCUUUUUUACAGGGGCUGUACAUUUCUAGAUUGAAAUUUAAUUGAUUAGAAAUGGAUAUGUUUCUGUGCUGGAUUGGCUGUCCGCUGUGCACAUGCAGUGUGUCUUACAGACAAUAUUUUGUUUAUCUGGAUAAGUGAAUAUAUUGUUUCGAUCACCAAGCCCUGUAUCCUCAACUCUUAAAUGCGGAUGAGAAGAAAAGUCAUAUUGACUUGAUUUUCGUGUGCUGAAAGUUUUUUUUUUCUUUUUCUUUCGAUUAUUUUAUGGCAUUUUGCUGUUAUUAGUGGACCUUAACCCUUUGA